AUGACAAAAUCAUCGAAACUCUGGUACGACAAACCUGCUAGCGAAUGGAAUAAAGCUUUACCUGUCGGAAAUGGUAGACUGGGUUGUAUGAUACAUGGUCGAACCACGACUGAACUACUUUGUCUCAAUGAAGAUUCUGUGUGGUACGGCGGACCACAAGAUCGAGUACCCAAAAACGCAUCGCAGAAUCUUCCAAAGUUGAGAGAGCUCGUAAAAGAGGGCCGGCACGCUGAGGCUGAGAAGCUCGUCGAUCGGGCUUUUGGUGCUUCGCCUAGUGGUCAAAGACAUUCUGAACCACUGGCAAAUGUCAAAGUCGAAUUCGGUCAUGAUGCUGAUAAAGUGACGGAUUAUGGCAGAGAGCUUGAUCUGGAUACUGCUAUUCACACAACGGAGUAUAGCUGUGAAGGUGCCAAAGUCAAGGUGGAGAUUCUGACAAGUGCGAUUGACCAAGUCAUUGUCAUGCGUGUUCAAAGCAGCACCAAGUUUGAGUUCGCCGUCAGGCUGACAAGAGAGAGUGAGGUUGAGAGCGAAAGUCAUGAAUAUCUGGACUCUGUGAGAACAUCCGACCAUCAGAUCGUCAUGCACGCGACUCCAGGAGGCCAUCAAAGCGUCAGGGCUUGCUGUGCUCUUGGAGUCAAAUCGGACGAUGAAGGCACUUCGGAAGCUCAAGGUGGUUCGCUGGUUAUCACUGCCAAAGAAGCUCUGGUCGUGAUUGCCGCGAGAACGAGCUUCCGCCACGAAGACUUUGAAGCUGUAGCAGUCGGGGACGUCUUUGCCGCACUUGAACGUGGGGCAGAAAAGAUCUGGAGCAAUCAUGUUCAACAUUACCAAUCAUUCUACCAUCAGACGCAACUAGAAUUGGGUCCACCUUCGCCCCAUGAUGCACUAUUUACCAGCCAAAGAAUCGAAAAAGGCACCACCCCAGCUCUAGUAGCUCUAUACACGGAUUAUGCUCGCUAUCUCCUUCUCUCUAGCAGCCGACCGAGUAGAGGCAACAACCAAACAUUAGACUUGCCAGCUAACCUCCAAGGCAUUUGGAAUCCGUCUUUCCACCCAGCUUGGGGCUCGAAGUUCACUCUCAACAUAAACUUACAGAUGAACUACUGGGGCUGUCUCCCCUUGUCUUUGGCUCCUUGUAUGGAUCCUCUUUUCUCUCUCCUCCAUCGACUUGCUCUCCCGGAUACUGGUGGUAGAGUGGCUAAGGAGAUGUACAGCGCAAGAGGGUGGUGCUGCCACAACAAUACGGAUUUGUGGGCUGAUUGCUCACCUUGUGAAGGAUGGCCACCUGCCACCCUCUGGCCCUUGGGAGGUGCUUGGUUGUCGUCAUUCAUCUGGGAGCACUAUCUCUUCACCUGCUGUAUCUCCACUCUGCGCAAUAACUUCCCUGUGCUCGAAGGCGCAGUGGAGUUCUGCCUGGACUGGCUUGUCUCGGAGACCUUUCCAGAUGGCAAAGACUACCGAGUAACGAAUCCUAGUCUCUCGCCAGAGAAUACUUUUCUUGACGAGCACACAGGAGAAAAUGGAGUAUUCUGCAGAGGCAGUAUGGCGGAUCUUACGAUCAUCUCUUCCCUCUUCGAAGACUAUCUCAAGGCCUGCAAGACCUUGCAUCUCAAGCCUCACCUGCUGCGCGAGGUGGGAAAGGCAAUGCUCGCACUUCCUCCACCCUCGAUAUGCAAAAAGACUGGCCGAUUGCAAGAAUGGGGCAUCGCCAAUCACGCCGAUGCUGAACCCGGUCACCGCCAUAUCUCGCAUCUUCUUGGGGUGUACCCCUUUACGUGUAUAGAUAUGGACGCCUCACCUCAACUCUCCCGUGCAGCGCUACGAUCACUCGAGAUUAGACUAGCCCAUGGUGGCGGCCACACGGGUUGGAGUCGCUCACAUCUGCUCUGUAUAUUCAGUCGCCUUCGAAUGCCAGAUAAAGUGGCCGAAUCUUUUGCUGCUCUGCUCGAUGCUUCCACUCUGCCAAACCUGUUCUCGUCACAUCCGCCUUUCCAGAUUGAUGGCAACUUCGGCGCUGCGGCGGCUGUGGUUGAGUGUUUGGUACAGAGUUUCGAACUCACUGGACAAGGCCAGAGGGUUUUGAGAAUCUUACCCUCUUGGCCUCGAGAGUGGGGUGAUGGUGAGGUGAAAGGGGUCAGAUGUCGAGGCGGCUGGAGUGUUGCGUUCAAGUGGAAGGAUGGUGUGGUUGAUGGAUCUGUUGAAGUCAAGAGUGUCAUUGGACAAGACGAAUGCGCACACAGAGAUUCGGUAAACGAGUACAGCAACACGCAUCGGAAGUCUGAAGAGAGAACAGGUGUCGUGGUGUUUCCUGAUGGUGGAAUCGUUGCGUUUGAAGGCGAUGGUCCGCAUCUUUGCCGGAUUAAGUAA